AUGAAAUCGAUCUUUGCACUCCUUACUCUCGCUUUUAUUCAACCCGCUUUGGGUCACUAUCGUUUCUACAAGUACAUCGAUCCCGCAGGCACUGUGACUGGCGAAUACACCUACGUCCGGGCGAACACGAACAUGAACUCUCCGGUGACGGAUGUGACUUCGAAUGAUUUCAGGUGUAACGUUGGAGGGCUCGCGUCUGGGAAUAAGACCUCUACCGCGACUGUCGCUGCUGGCUCCACUGUUGGGUUCGAGUCUGACAUCGGUCUGAUCCAUCCCGGACCGCUACAGGUAUACCUCGGCCAAGUUCCUGCAGGGAAAACAGCGGCGACAUGGGAUGGUAGUGGAGCCAGUUGGUUCAAGAUCUACGCCCUUGGUGCUAAUUUUAGCAGUGGUUCUUUGGCGUGGCCUUCGGACGAAAAGAAAACCUUCAAGUUCAAGAUUCCUUCGAAUACACCAGCAGGCAAUUACCUUUUGAGGGUCGAACACAUUGCUUUGCACGGCGCCUCUACUGUGGGUGGCGCUCAAUUCUACAUAAGCUGUGCUCAAUUGUCCAUCACGGGCAACGGCAGCGGAAACCCGGCCAAAGUGUCAAUUCCGGGCGUGUACAAAGGUGAAUUACGACUGGAAUGGAGGUUAUUGGCCGAAUCCUUGACGCCCGUUUUCAUCUAG